UUAGAGUCUUCCUUUACAGGUGCACUUUUCCGUUGGAGAUAAGGAUCUUCACGACGACAAUAGAAAACGUGAGCAAACGGAGACUAACGCCACCAUUAAUCUGAAGAGUUGGCGAAAUAUGAAAACCAUCGAACAUCCGCCUAUCAUGGAUUUCUAUCGUAAUUCGGUUGACAUUGUGGAAGGCGGAGGUGCUGCACGCCCUUCGAUGCUUCAACUAAUUCAUGGAGACAAAUCUAUACCUGAAGAGAUUGAAAUCGAAGGAUUUAAGUUACAUAACGAUGAACUGGUACAAGGACGUGUUGAAAAGCCUUCCAAAACUCGUAUGGAGAAAUUUUCUCCCCCACCUACACAGGCUCGAGUGAAAUUCGGUUGGAUUCAAGGCGUUUUUGUACGAUGCCUUCUUAACAUAUUUGGGGUUAUGUUGUAUCUUCGCAUCAGUUGGGUAGCUGGUCAAGCUGGAAUCGGUCUUGGUUCAAUAAUUGUUCUUCUGGCAUCUCUUGUAACUACAAUUACUGCAAUAUCUACAUGUGCGAUUUGUACUAACGGUGAUGUUAAAGGAGGUGGAGCUUACUUUUUGAUAUCACGUUCACUUGGUCCAGAAUUCGGUGGCUCUAUUGGGUUGAUCUUUUCGGUAGCGAAUGCUGUAGGAGCAGCAAUGUACAUAGUUGGAUUUGCUGAGACAGUCCGAGAUCUACUAAGGGAAUCGAGUAUGCAGAUUAUCGAUGCUGGUUUGUGGGAUGUACGACUGGUUGGCUUUGUGACGUGUAUAGUACUAAUCGGCAUCGUGUUCAUCGGCACAGCAUUUGAGUCAAGAAUGCAGAUGAUACUCCUAGUGAUUCUUCUGACGUCAAUCAUUGACUAUGUUAUUGGCUCUUUCUUCCCGCCUAGUGCUGCCACUACUCUACGAGGUGCUACAGGAUAUAGAUGUGAUACCCUUAUGGAGAAUCUUUUGCCUGCAUUUCGUGACGGAGAGGACUUCUUCUCGGUGUUUGCUGUUUAUUUUCCUGCAGCUACAGGAAUCAUGGCCGGCGCUAAUAUAAGCGGUGAUCUAGCAGAUCCACAGCUUGCUAUACCGAUCGGGACACUUUUGGCUAUUGCAGUGACAACUACAGUUUAUUUAGCCACCGUUUGGAUGACAGGAUCAACCUAUGCAGAUGGAAUCUUCCCUCCACUUUGGAACGGAACAGUUUUUAUACCUCCAGAUUGCACACUGAAUAGUACUUGUCCUUAUGGUCUCAUGAACUAUUUCCAGAUUAUGGAGAUGGAGUCUCUAUGGGGACCACUUAUCACUGCAGGGAUCUUUGCUGCUACACUCAGUUCUGCGCUUGCUAGUUUAGUAAGCGCUCCCAAGGUUUUUCAGGCUGUCUGUAAAGAUCGUCUGUUCCCGAAGAUUGGUUACUUUGCCAAAGGGUACGGUAAGAACGAGGAACCGAGGCGAGCAUAUUUUCUGACAUUUGUCAUAGCUAUGGCCAUGGUAGGAAUAGGAGACCUAAAUGCCAUAGCUCCAAUCAUAUCAAAUUUCUUUCUGGCAUCAUAUGCGCUCAUAAAUUACGCAUGUUUCGAUGCUUCAUUCGCCGAUUCUCCUGGAUUUCGGCCAGGUUUUAAGUACUAUAAUAUGUGGGUAUCCCUUGGAGGAGCCCUACUGUGCAUCGUAGUUAUGUUCAUCAUCAGCUGGGCGACGGCGCUGAUAACGUUCUUCUGUUUCGCUGCCUUGUUUUUGUAUAUUUUACAUAGAAAGCCUGAUGUGAACUGGGGCUCGUCUACUCAGGCGCAUAGCUACAAGAAUGCUUUGUCAGGAAUGAUAAAAUUGUCUAAUACUGAAGAGCAUGUGAAGAAUUACCGGCCUCAAUUACUUGUGCUAUGUGGGAACGCGGCUUCACGUCCUUCCUUAGUUGAUUUCGCCAACAGCAUCACUAAAGGGACGUCGUUAAUGAUUUGUGGUUAUGUGGUCCCCUAUAAUCCUUCUGAUCGGGUUUAUUCUGUAAUGCGUAAACUGGAACGUCAACUCAGUGAAUGGCUACGAAAAAGACGUGUGAAGUCCUUUUACGCUUCUGUAGCGAAUUCUAGUCUUCGAGCAGGUGCUCAGUCUUUACUACAGGUGUGCGGUCUUGGAAAGCUCCGUCCAAAUAUAGUUCUUAUCGGUUUCAAGACAAACUGGUAUCAUGGAGGUCCCACUCUUCAAACACUGGAUGAACUUAAUGAGUACUUUGGAACAAUUCAAGAUGCGUUCGACAGUAACAUGGCAGUGUGUGUGUUGCGUAACGGAGACAUGGGCCUUGAUUUCAGUGAGGCCAUGAAGCUUCUGAAUGUUGGCGAGUCAAAACGGCUCGACAUUAACUUAGAUGUAAAUGUGGUAGAUAAGGAUGGGUCAGUUCUACUUGUAAAACAGUCUGCGUAUGGAGGAGAGGAGAACCAAGCUAGCGAGAAGCAUUUGGGGAAGGAUGUCGAGGAUGACAUAGAAGUAGGCGAAACUCAACUUCAUACAUUUUCACUGCGAAGGCGAAGCACUCGUAGACCGACCACGGAGCAAAAGGCCUUGAUUGCAUCAAUUUCUCGUUUUCAGCGGAAGAUAAAGAAGGUAUUACUUCUGUUGUUUUUAUUCACAGGAGUUUUUCUGCGAGUGUUCACAAUCUCAACAAGUACUCGUACAAUGGAACAAGAGCAACGAAGCAUGGCUGCUCUUCUUUCAAAGUUCAGGAUAAAUUUUAGCGAUGUAUCUGUCAUAUCCGACAUUGGACGAAUCCCUCGUCCUGACACUCUAAUGAGAUGGGAAAAACUUAUUGCUCCGUUCGUUAGUCCGGACGAUUGUGAAGUUGUGCCUGGUACAACAUCGAGGAGCGAGUUGGACUCUCAGAGGCAAAAGACGUAUCGACAGUUGCGAGCUUCUGAGCUACUUCGUGAGCAUUCCGCGGAAUCAGAUCUCGUAGUCAUCACAUUGCCCGUUCCUCGCAAAGGUAUGGUUAGUGCCUCUCUAUAUCUCUCAUGGCUAGACAUGAUGACUCGUGAACUUCCACCUACUCUGCUGGUUCGUGGAAAUCAAACAUCCGUUUUGACGUUCUAUUCAUGA